CUUACCCGGUUUUGGCAGGAAAGUUCAAGGUGUCCUGGCAGCAGGAAGCUCCCUUGCUCCACCCUCUGCUCUGCACACCAGCUCUCUGAGCUUAUCAAGGAUUUGCUGCACCAGAGCUGCCAGAGACAGUGACCUGUUCCGUGUGGACACUCAAGUGGGAGCUGGACCCCCGGCAUGAAGCACUUCGAGCCCUGGGCAGCCUCCACAGUGCUUCUCUUCACCGCUGCGCUCUGGGAUUCCUGCUCAGCAGCUGAAGCCAUCUCCAAUGUUUCAGGAAGCUCCACGCCCACAACUGAGUAUGAACCACCAUGUCUUAAUGUGAACUUCUGCACGCAGGCGGCCGUGUGCUGCCCGUCGGGCAUGGACGAUUACGGGUGGAUUGCAGCGGCCGUCGGCUGGAGCCUCUGGUUUCUGACUCUCAUCCUGCUCUGCAUGGACAAGAUCAUGAAACUCCGGCCUGACGAACCCAAAUACUUGGUGGCCUGAAGCAGGGACUGAAGCCAGCAGGCAGCAGCACCUGGGAGCAGUGAGGUGCAGACAGACAGACAAAGCAUUUCGAACACUUCCUAAGAAACUGAAAAAGAAAGGAAACAUUCAGUCAAAAAGACCAGAUUUAAGCAGGGCAGCUGCUGAACCUUCAUCCUCCCUGGCAGGUUGGAGCUGCCAGCCAAGGUGUGGACUAGGCAAGUCCUUGCAAGCCACCACAUAUGUCCCACAGUGCAAAAAAAAAAAAAUAUUUUCUCUGAGCUGCCUCAUGCUUGCUGUGAGAGCAGCAACAGCAAGGAGAGGUGAAGGACCAGUUACCAGUCUAUAGCCUGUUGUCUUAAGACAACCCAGUGCAUGAUCUUUGGUUUGAAACAGAAAGUGGGCAAAUAAAGAUAUUUUCUGGAGGAUCAACAUAACCAGAUCUAUUACUGGGCUACAGGCCAGGUUACAUCAGAAGGAGGAUAUAAUUCACUGACUUUACCGAGUCCUUCUCCCUCACUAACCUGCAAUAUUUAAAAGUCUAUUAACUGAUGCAUGGGAAAACUCUCUUAUGGAAACUUAGGGAUCGUUUGGGCUGGUUUGAAAGUAAAACUAGUUUUUCCAGUGCCAUUUAUAUGUGAACUGUGUUGCAGGAACUGAAUGUUGCUUGUAUUUAUUCAGCAUGCACCUGUCUGAGUAACUAAGCCAAGCUGAACUAUGGCAAGCAGGUUUAAACCAGCAUAUGCACAAAACUGCUCCUAUUUAUAUAAGGUGAUAAUAAACACUUAUUGAUUGAAAGAUUCUCACUGACUGGUUUAUAUGGAUCAAGCUUAUAUUGGCAAGGAAUUAUUCAACCCAAAUUGUUAGAAACAGAAUUCUAACAAGACAUAUUCAUGCAGGAGGGUUUGCCUCACUGCCGUCAAACUCUGAUUUGGGGCAGUUGCACCAGUCUUGGUUUCUAUCCAUUAUUAAAAUAAUAAAUCUGUGUUAAACCUAUCUAGACCCACACAGGAUUAGCAAACUUGCUAGAGACCAACUGAAAUGAAACAUAAAAAGUUACUUUUAAACCAAAGAAAGCACCACUGGAGAUCUAUAUCUACUAAAAAUCAUUAUAUUCUCCCACCAGCUCAUCAAUAUGUAACUUCUCAGUGAGAAAAGAUAGGCAUCAGUUUAAGACUCUUCACAUUGAUUCUGGCACAAAGUAGAUACUUUUAUCAGGACAACUCUGUGCCACUUCAGAGUGAUGGGUAGUUGUCCCUUAUCAACUAUCCACCAUCAACAGGAAUGGUGACAAGUUUGACACGGAGGAAAGGACACCCUUCCCUAUCAUUAGUAUCACUUAAGACAAAAAGCCUUUCAAAGUGAAACACUGAACAGAGAUGCUAGUAUCAGGAAAGUAAGUUUUAAAAGGGAAGGGCUUAAUUCUCAGUAUUCCAAUACACAACAAUUAAAACAAAAAUAAUUUUCACAGGACAAAUCUUGGUGUUGGACCAGCCAGCUCUUUCAAUGAAAACAACCCCAACAACCAAACAACAAAAAAACCUCUCGGGUAUUUACAAACUUACAGAAAAAAGGGCUCUCAGUCAACAUCAACACUCAGGUGUAAAGAGCAGUGAGUUCACAGUUAAAAACCACUUCAAUCACUCAUGUGUAACAAAUCUUCUACAUACAUAAUUUCUUUCCUAUUAUAUUAGUGUUAAUAGUGGCAAAUGUUCAUUGGCCUGAAAGCAAUGUGAAAGAUACUGUGAAAAAAUCUCCACGUAUUGCCUUAGUGUCUGCCUUCUGCAGGCCGCUUCCUACAGUUCUCCAGACUUGAGGACAUUGUUCUCCUGGUUGGGAACACAGAAUUGCCUGCUGGAUAUGGCACUGGUUUUCACCUUUGAGAGGAUGUGCUUCUUAGCUUUUGUAUGUCUGAGUUUUAAGUACGUGAUGCAAACUUUACAUGUCUUACAGCCAAGUGCAACACCCACAAAUGAGCUUUGUAACAACUGGGCAAUUCGGGGGGCUUCCUGAAGCCUGCCUUUAGAAGCACAGCUUGUUUAUUUUUCAUGCUCUCCAAAACAGUCCGCUUGUGGGCAGCUACCUUCAAGGACUGCAGUAGACUUAAACUUCAGGUUUUGCUUCUUGCAGCUUCUGUUGAGGACUCCCAGCUCAACCAAACUGGGGAGGAAAGGAAAAAAUCUGUAUUUUUUCAUAUAAUGUAGUGCCCCAAAGGAUUCUGUGUGCCUAUGUUCAAGGGUGAAACCCAAGUCCUCACAGAAUCAUGUAUACAAAUGGAGUAUCUUAAAGAUUAUUUCUGCUGUGAAAUGGAUACUUUUUCUAGACCUGUAAACUUCUGAUCUAAUUUCACAGUUUUGUUUCUUACUGCAUCGCCUACUUUGACAACUGACAUUGUCAGGUUUGAUCUGUAGCUGCUUCUUUUCAAGUCAUUUGACUGGGUCACUUAGAAAAAUUUAGUCCUGUAAUGAAUCUCAUGAAGAUACUACUACUCCCAGCAUGUUUGAGAUCCCUAAACAAAGUGACAAGUGCCCCAAAAACUCAAAGGCUACCAAUGUAAAUAUCUUACCUGUUCCUAUGCAAUAUAGUACAAAAAAUAAAAUAUUAUCUUAAAGAGACUCUCCAAGGUACACUCUAUGUGCUGUACUG